CGCCCGAGCCCCGCACUGCCAUGCUCCUGCCGCGCGGCGGGCCAAUGCGUCCCCGAGUCGCUAUAUAAGCGCAGGCCAGGGGACACCCGGAGGGGCUGAAGAUGAGGGUGCCCGCGCAUGGGCCCCCGCCGAUUGCCAACCCCUCCCGAGCCCGCGCCCCGCGCGGAGCCCACGGCCGCCGAGGACCCGCCUUCGCCACAGUAGCAGCUGGGGCUGCGACAGAGGCGGCAGCUGCGGCGGCGCCCGUCGCGCGAGCGCGUAGAGCAGCGGCCGCAGCUCCGGGGCCGCCGCUGCCCCGGCUGCCAUGAGUUGUGCGGAGGUGAUGUAUCACCCCCAGCCGUAUGGAGCGCCCCAGUAUCUGCCCAACCCCGUGGCAGCUGCAACCUGCCCCACAGCCUAUUACCACCCGGCGCCCCAACCUGGCCAGCAGAAGUUAGCGGUAUACAGCAAGAUGCAGGACUCUCUGGAAGUCACCCUUCCCAGCAAACAAGAGGAGGAGGAGGAGGAGGAUGAGGAGGAGGAGGAGGAGGAGAGAGACCAGCCUGCCGAGAUGGAGUACCUUAACUCUCGCUGUGUCCUUUUCACUUAUUUCCAGGGAGACAUUGGGUCAGUAGUGGAUGAACACUUCUCAAGAGCUUUGGGCCAAGCCAGCACCCUUCAUCCAGAAUCUGCCAUUUCAAAAAGCAAGAUGGGGCUAACCCCCUUAUGGCGAGACAGCUCAGCUCUCUCAAGCCAGCGGAGUAGUUUCCCGACUUCCUUUUGGACCAGCUCUUACCAGCCCCCAUCUGCACCCUGUUUGGGGGGAGUUCAUCCUGACUUCCAGGUCACUGCACCCCCUGGCACCUUUACUGCCGCUGACCCCAGCCCCUGGUCAGGACAUGGGCUGCAUCAGACUGGCCCCGCCCCUCCCCCUCCCGUGUCCGAGUCCUGGCACUACCCUUUGGCAUCUCAGGUGAGCCCGUCCUACAGCCACAUGCAUGACAUGUACAUGCGGCAUCACCACCCCCACAUGCACCACCGCCACCACCACCACCACCACCACCAUCACCACCACCCUUCUGCUGGCUCUGCCCUGGAUCCAUCCUACGGGCCCCUGCUGAUGCCGUCUGUGCGUGCGGCCAGGAUUCCCGCUCCCCCGUGUGACAUCACAAAAACAGAUCCGACUACAGUCACCACUGCUACCUCAGCGUGGGCCGGAGCCUUUCACGGAACCGUGGACUUAGUGCCAAGUGUGGGGUUUGAUACAGGUCUACAGCAUCAAGACAAGAGUAAGGACUCACCAUGGUACUGAAACACACAGUAUUAGCAAGUUAGAUUGAAGCGUGAAUCCAUGGGCCCACUGGGAAAAGAUGCUGCCAGGGUUUGUCAUUCUGCAGUGGGACACAGUAGACAUGGAAGGAAAAGAGGAAGUGUUAUCCAGCUGACUUUGGUUUGGAGCCUUUUCUUGAGAAAGCAGAGUGGGUCAUAGACAUUGAAGAAAAGCAUUUUUGUUUAUUUUUUCCCUCAUCUGAGCCUUUGCCAACUGUGCAACUCUCUUUUAUUUUUUGUCUUGCUUUUAACAAUACAUGGUUUAAUUUUUGUUUCAGUUCGACACUUUUUUUGAGUUUUUUUUUUUUCUUUUUGAACCAACCACCUUGUCAGGAAAAGAUGAACCACAAAAAAAAUGAUCAUUCUUUCAGGAAUAAAAUUUUGUAGCUCUAUGUGCAUCUAUUUUUGUAAAAAUACAGAAAGUUUGAUUUAGCAUCGAUGGGCUAUUUUUGAGGGAUGUGUUUUUUUUUUAAUAUUGUAAAAAUUGUUAAGUUCUGUUUAAAGAACUUGCUCUCAGAGAAGCACUGGCAAAAAUGUUUAAAAUGCUUGGCUUUAAGAUGUCUGUGAUACGCUCUGUGCUUUCUAGGUUACCUCAAAUGUUUGAUAGUUUCUCCUUUUUACAAAAGUAGCACCAUAGCCAAGCCAAUAUGGUAUUGUUUUACAUUAAAUCUCAGUGAAGAUUUAAUUCCAUGCUAGCUCACUUAGCUCUGAGUUAUAUGUAAAGCUUGAAAAGGAAGUUUUUUAAUGAUCACACUAAAGAAAGGCUAUUUCAUUACUUUGAUUUCUCCCAAAGACUGCUUGGAGGUUGACUGAGAAGAAAGUUGGCAUAAACUUUCAAUCAGAUGGAGAGUUUGCCUAGAGUAUAUAAUUAUCUUUCUCGUCCAUCUGACUUUGAAAAAUGGAACCAGAAUUUAUAUCCAACUACUGGAAAAAGAACACAUUUAAUCAUGCUAACUUUGAGUGCCAGUGACUUAUUUUUCUUGUUUAUAAUUAUUCAUUCAUGGCAAUUUUUUGCCAUAUUUUAAGUGAAUUUUUUUUUCCUGAAGAUAGUUUGAAGGGAUAAUAUUUGGGAAGGUACUAGACGCAUCACAAAGCCUUUAAUUCAAUGGCUGUUCCUGAGAGUGUUACCCAUCAUUUUAAAUUGAAAAAUAAUGUAUUGCAUAUGUAAUAUUUUAAAUCAGUUUUUGCGUCUUUUUUGUCUGUUUAACUCUGGUUUUGGUUGAUUUAGUUCUUUUUAAUAAAAAAUGGGGGCAAGAUAAAUUUAAAUUGGGAUUUAUACUACAAUUACUGAAAUUAGGUUAAUAAAUUGACAACUUAUUAUUUGAAAUUUAUUACUGAGGACUCAGGAUUCAACUUGACAUGGCCCUCAGGAUCUAAAUAAGAAAAAGUUGGGAUUAUCAUUAAAAUGCUAUUAGGAAAAGAUUAGGUUUAUAAAGGUAGCCGUUAUUGGUAUUUUAAGGACUUUCAAUGUAAAGUCCAUUCUUUCUUUCAUUUGCUUCCAGAGAUGGCUCAUAUUAAAAAGGUAGUAUUAUAUAGAAGUUUUAGAUUGUUAAAAAUGUUUCUCAAAUUUUUCCCAUCCCUGUCCUCACCCAUGUGAAAUUAAAUGUUUAGUGAAAUACAUUUUCCAUCUUAAAUAGUGUAUCUCAUAUGUGUGAACAUUUUAGAUAUAAGAACAACAUAGUCUCUGCUUAGCUAGGCAGAGUUCUCACAGAUAAUUUUCAAAUAUUUCCCUUAACUCUAUUUUUAUGCCAUAGUCUUCUUUCCUGGUACAUCUUAUGAGUUAUAAAUCUAUACACUCUCUUGUAUUUUCAUCACUAUAUUGCUUCUUAACCAGACUCCUCUUAACACAGUGUGCACAUUUAACCUAAUGUGAGGUCCAAACGUAAGGAAUCUUCCACUUACUAAUGAUAUGAACUUAGAUUUCUAGGGAGUGGCUUGGUUAAAUUAUCUACAUUUUGAUCUACAAUUUGAUUUGAUACAAUUAUCUGUAAUUUGCCUAAAUCUGUGUAGCACAAGGUUGAAUGAAUCUAUAAAAUUUGUUUUACUUUGUGUCCUCCUGAAUUCUCAAAGACCAGUGUUCAGUAGCUCCCAUGGGAUGACUCACUGGGGAUAUUUAUUUUCCUCCUCUUCCCUUGGAACCUGUUAACUUCCUUUGCAGUUUCUCUUAGAACAGGGUUGUACUCCAACUCAUUCAGAUCGUUUAAUUGGAUUUUCCCAGUUAUGAGAAGAAACGUAUUGACUUUCUGCCUGUUUCCUUACUCUCCACUGAAUUGAAUUUAAGGCAAGAGAGCUGACAAUUAGAUAGCUUCACCCUGAAAUUAGGGUGACACUCUGCCCUGUGUCACUCCUGCUAACUAUCUGAUAAAACAUUCCUUGGCUCUGAGGACCCAAGAAAAGUUGGGGAUCUGAAUUCUGCUGUACACAGGAGAGAUUUGUGAGUGAGAUCCCCCAUUGAGAACAGGCCCAGGUGUCGCUGGCACAUCGCAGGGACUGGAUCCUUGCAUAUACAAGGAGUGGAUCAAAAUGUGAGUCAAAAAAGAUGAGUGCCUGUCUCUGUAAUUGUCUCACAUCCCAUUGCUAUAAUCAUAUUACUAUUAUCACCAAAGUCACAAAAGAGGAUGAGUUGUAAUUUAGUAUGAUUCUGAGUUUAAGUUUAAAAUGCUGUCACUCUCUGGGUUGGUUUUCUCGCACCAAAAUGAUACUGUUAAUUUUGGAGGCUUCCAGACUGCUUUAUUGAGGGCUACCAUCUCCCUCCCCAAUUUCAUUUGGAACCACUCCACCUUUGGUUAUUUUAUAAAUUAGGCUUUAUUCAAGCUUUCUAAAGAUCUGUGAGCUAGACCCUAGAAAAUCAUCUCAUUGAUUUGCCAUCGAAUCUAUGCUUCAACCACUAAACUAUCAUGAACUAAGAAACAACAAAAUAGUGAUUAGGUAGAUCUUUACCGGUUAUUUGGUUCCUCACUGUUUAUUUGAAAAGCAUCUCUAAAUGUAAAAAUCAAUGCUUCGUCUUAAGGUUAACCGUCCCCUCCUAACUUUCCCCUUUAGCUUUUUUCCUCUCUCUUUCCUCUUAAAGUUAUUUACAUCACUAUUUUAAGCAAAAAUGGCCGAUAUUGCUCUACAUUUUGCAAAUGAUAACAAGUGGUUUGCAAAUAAUUGAGAAAUUAAUUUCUUCAAUGUUGUAAAAACCUUUUUUUUAAAAAAAAUUCUAGGCACGGGCAUAAACUGUGCCCUUGAGGAGCUCGUUAUUCAUUAUACAAAUGGCAAUCGAAACUAUAUUUUUAGAAACUGCAUUCUAUCCCUUACUGAGUGUCCCUUGGUUAUGUAAUGUUUGCCAAAUUAAGUCAAUGGGACAAUGGUACUAAGAGGUAGAAAAGGCUAGUAUUUAUGUUACAGAUCGACUAGAGGAUAAAUAGAGAAGCAGAAUUAAUUAAUGAAAAAAAACCCAACAACAUUGGCUUGGACAUUAGGUCAUUUUCUGUUCUGGUUUAGCCAUAAUUAGAUGUGUGUUUUGGUGCUUCAUUUAUUUAUCUCAUGAGUAAAGUGGGAUAAUAAUACCUAACUGGCAGGCUGGAAAUCAUAUAUAUAUACUCAAUCAUCUGGCUCAUAGUAGACAUUCAAUAAAUGACAGAUACCACAAAUACCUAUCAGCUGAGUGAGUCAUAAAAUUGAGCUCCCAAACAUCACUUCUGUUUACUUUCCACACCCAUUUCUGUAGCAAUCAAAUAGAUAUGACUGUGCUUUUCUGUAAGAAAUUGUUGCAAGAGAAUCUUUGCCUUCUACUAGAUGUUGAAGAUAAAACGUAAAUUUCUAAAUUAUCUCUAUUUUAGUGUGCUGUUUAUGAAGGAAAAUAAAUUAACCUUUUAGUGGUAUGUAGACCCAACUCUGAGUUUUCUUACAUGUUCCAAACUUUUAUUCAUCCAGGACCCCGUGUAUUAUUGUCCCCAAAAUUAAAGUGACAUUUUCAUGAAAUCACCAAAGUUUUAAUUUUUUCAUUAUAUUUUGGGCUUCCUUAGCACCUAGAAUAAAAACAUCUCUUUUGAAGUUAUCCCAUUUUUUUUUUACUUGACUUGGAGAAAAAAUUGCAAAAUAUGGUGGAAAAAACGUUCUGCAUGAAAAGAGGAGGAAAAAAACCCCAACCCUUUAUGAUCUCAGUCAGCAGACUUAUUCUACUUGAGAAAAAAAGAAACAACUUCAUUGGAAGCAGAUGUUGACACUGUGUCAGUUAUUGAAGAUGGAAAGGGUUCACUUGAGCCAUUGUGGUUACAAAGGGGCAUCGAUGGCUGUUAAAAUUCCUGUGAUUGAGCAUCUUCACAGCAGACAGGACAGCAGAAAAGCUGAAACUAUGAGACCAAGACUGAAAUCAGCCUGCCAAUUUUAAUGUACAGGACCCUAAGGACUCAGUUGUUUUUUUUUCCUCCUUCAGGAUAAAAGACAUAUCUUUCAAAAAAUUUAAGGUGGUUUGAGAGAGAAAUUAAAAUGUAUUCUCUAAAAACAUGGCCCUAGAAUCCUUUAAAUCUAUUAUUAAACAUUAAAACUAUUAUUUAAGUCAUUUUAGAAAAAUCAGGGUAAAAAUUUAGUUUAAUAAUAUAUGUUGAAGAAACAGACUCACAGACAUAGAGAACAGAGUUGUGGUUGCCAAGGGAGAGGUAGGGUGGGAGGAGGAAGGAUUGGGAGUUUGGGAUUAGCAGAUGCAAACUAGUAUAUAUAGAGUGGAUAAACAACAAGGUCCUACUGUAUAGCACAGGGAAGUAUAUUCAAUAUCCUGUGAUAAACCAUAAUGGAAAAGAACAUGAAAAAGAAUAUAUAUAUGUAUAACUGAGUCACUUUGCUGUACCACAGAAAUUAACACAACAUUGUAAAUCAACUAUACUUCAAUAAAAUAAAAAAAAAUAAUGUAUGUUGAAGAAGGAUAUGUAAACUACACACAAA